AUGAGGUUUCUGUUUGUGUGCGUCCUAUCCGGACUUUGUGGGACGACAAACGCCUUUGUGCCGAGCGUGCGAUCGGCAGCUUCACUUCACGGUCGCGACUCGCUGCAAACCCAGGCCGAAAAGGUAUCCCGCAGAUGGUCUAAUCUUAACGAUGUUGAAGACGACUUAUUCGAUCCCUUGCGUGAUCGUCUGUCGAACAUGAACGCUACUAUCGUUGCUCCUGAAGCGACGGAAACGGAUGUGGUGGACAACACUCUCUUGAAUUUGGUCGUUGAUUCUGAUCGGGAGCCGCACCCCUUGGGCUGGAAACGACGUCUGACGCAAGCCCUGUCCGGUCGGAAAGCCGGUAGGCAACUGGACAAGCUGAUUUUGAGUACAUCUAUCCCUUCUAUGAUUAAUCUGGCCGUAGUGCCACUCGUCAAUUCUGUUGAUACCUUUUGGGUGGGUCGCAUGGGGAGCGCACUGGCCUUGGCCGGACAGGCGGCGGCAAAUCAGGCCUUUUUUACCAUAUUCUUCCUAGUGAACUACUUGCCAACAAUUACCGCACCUUUGGUAGCGUCGGCCGUCGGAUCCGGCAACCAAGACGAAGCGCGGGCCAGGGUCUGCGAAAGUCUCUUCUUAUGCAACGUCUUGGGAUUGAUGGGCACAUUAAGUCUGACGCUCUUUCCGCAGUGGGGUUUGAGCAUGGUGCUGCAGGAUGGCGCUCCCGCUAUGGAGUACGCGGUUCCCUACUUACGCCUUCGAGCUUUGAGUAUGAUGCCGGCUCUGUGGUCGUCGAGCGGCUUUGCAGCGUAUCGCGGACUGCUAAACACGGUGACGCCGCUCAAGGUCAGUCUGGCAACCAAUUUGGUGAAUCUGGUGCUGGAUCCACUCUUUAUCUUUCGGACACCACUUGGUUUUGUCGGAGCAGCGCUAGCGACGGCCAUUUCAGAAACGUGCUCCGGAAUAGUCUACUUACGACUAUUGAUGAAACGUCAACUUGCCAGUAUCAAACUUCUCUUGCGCCCGCCUUCGAUGAAGGCAUUGAUGCCCCUGCUUCAAGGUGGCGCUUCCAUGCUGGGACGCCAAUUAGCCUUGAACGUUGGAUUUAUUUCGGCUGCCCGUCGUGCUCAGAGCAUGGACCCGUCGGGUGUGUCGGCCGCAGCUUAUGGUAUAGUAAUGCAAAUGUAUUCGGUGGGAAUUGUGGUGCACGUCGCAAUGCAGGGAACGGCCGCCGCACUGGUACCAUCUACAUUGGCAAGAGAAGGCAAGGAUGCUGCCCGGAAAGUGGCCGAUCGUGUCAUGAUUUGGGGUUCCAUCGUUGGCGUUUUGUUAGGAUUGACCCAGUACUUGGCGCUUCCCUUUCUGGUCCCUCUCUUUUCAACUCUACCAGAGGUACAAGAAGCCGUCAAAGUUCCCGCGCUACUAGCGGCUCUCUUGCACGUUAUCAACGGUGCAGUGUUUGCUGGAGAGGGGACUAUGCUCGGACUAGGAUCCUAUCGCGACUUGAUGCUUUUAACGGCAGGGAGCGUUGGGGCACUCGUGGGCUGCUUGUCCUCGCCGCUGGGUGCGAGAUUGGACGGAAUUUUGCUGUCCAUGAUGGUGUUUUGCGGAACUCAGGGCAUAGCUGUUGUAACGCACUACCUCAAAUUUGGCCCUUUAGCCGUUCGGCGGCAGAGUAAGCGAACGCUCAUGCCUAAACUAUAG